GCUAACGUAACCAAUUGGAUUAUCUGCUGGAGAAAAAAAUCAUCCGCCCAUCCACAUCACCCUACGCCGCAACGAUUAUCUUCACCCCUAAAAUGGACGGAGGGCUUUGGAUGUGUACCGACAAUCGAGCGCUCAACAACAUCACCAUCAAGUCGCUUUACUCGAUUCCACGAGCCGAUGAUCUUAUCAACCAACUUGGGGGGGCCAGGAUUUUUUCCAAGAUUGACCUACGAGGAGGUUACCACCAAAUUCGUGUCACCGAAGCUGAUAUUCCAAAGACUACAUUUCGAACCCGUUACGUAAGAGACGAGUAUACCUUGAUGUCGCUUGGGUUGACGAACGCACCCGCAACUUUUCAACUGACCAUGAAUGAAGUCUUCUGCUCGCUACUGGACAAGUGCGUCAUCGUCUACCUGGACGACAUCCCGGUGUACAGCAAGACUCGAGAACAAUAUUUGCAAGACCUGGAAGCAAUUUUGACCCUCUGUGAUCACCACCGACUCAUCACCAAAGGCUCCAAGUGCGGAUUUCUAAAGGAGGAACUGGAUUUCGUGGGGCACGUAAUCUCAACCGAAGGCGUUAAAAUUGAUCCCCAAAAAAUCGAUACCAUUCGCAACUGGGAGCCGCCUACUAACAUCAAGGAGUUGCGGAGUUUUCUGUGGUUUGUCAACAUCGUGCACGGUUUUAUCCCUAACAUGGCGGAGUCCACUGCCCUGCUAACCGACUUGCUGCAGAAGGGUUUUUUUUUUUAGUGGGAGGAGAGGCAGCAAGCUAU